AUGUUUGCCAGAACAGCUUUCCGUGCGGCUCAGCCGCUCAAGAUGCAUGCGCGCCGCUAUGCCACCGAGUCUGGUGCCAAGGGCAGCUCAAACACUCUCCUCUAUGGCGCUGGCGCUGUUGGUGUCGCUGGUGGUGCCUACUACUUCCUCAGCGGCUCAAAGGCUGAGAGCAAGGUCAAGGAGGUCGUUGGCGCUGCUCCCAAGGCGGCGUUUACCGGUGGUGACCAGGGCUGGCUGUCCUUGAAGGUCUCAGAGGUCGAGGAUGUGAACCACAACACCAAGAGAGUUCGAUUUGAGCUGCCGGAGAAGGACCAGGUUUCUGGCCUGCACAUUGCCAGCGCCAUCCUGACCAAGUUCAAGGCCCCCGAUGCUGAGAAGGCAACUCUCCGUCCUUAUACCCCCGUCAGUGAUGAGGAUGACAGGGGCUUCAUCGACCUCUUGGUCAAGAAGUACCCUGAUGGACCCAUGAGCACCCACAUCCACGGCCUCAAGGUUGGCGAGGAGCUUGCCAUCAAGGGCCCUCUCCCCAAGUACCCCUGGUCUGAGAACAAGCACGACCACAUUGCCCUCAUUGCUGGUGGCACUGGUAUCACCCCCAUGUACCAGCUUGUGCGAGCCAUUUUCAAGAACCCCAACGACAAGACCAAGGUUACCCUCAUCUUCGGCAACGUCACCAAGGAGGACAUUCUGCUGAAGAGCAAGUUUGACGAGCUCGAGAACACUUACCCGCAGCGCUUCCGCGCAUUCUACACCUUGGAUAAGGCCCCCAAGGAUUGGGUCGGCGGCGGCGGCUUCAUCACCAAGGACCUGCUGAAGCAGGUUCUCCCCGAGCCCAAGAGCGACAACAUCAAGGUCUUCGUUUGCGGCCCCCCUGGAUUGAUGAAGGCCAUCUCCGGCAACAAGGUUAGCCCCAAGGACCAGGGCGAGCUUACUGGUGCUCUGAAGGACCUUGGCUACACCGCUGAGCAGGUGUACAAGUUCUAG